AUUUGACCAAUGGUAACGCUACCUGAACGGCGGCAAAAGAUUUAAAUUCAAACAGCUUUGAAAAUACUUUGGGUGCAGUUCGGUGUUUUGCUACGUGUUCGUUUGUCGAAGAACAAUCUGGCAGGAUAAAUGAGCAAAGAGAAUACAACGUCCCGUUUACCGGUCAUGUCGAAGAGACCUCUCUCCAGCACCACUGAUGGAGAGCAUCAACAGUCUGCACCGAAAAAGAUGCGAAAAGUUGAGACAGGACAUCAGAGGCUCAAACCUUCUACCAGUGUGGUCCCUCCAAAACGUCCUGGGCCAGUCAAAGCAACCAAUAAACUGCUUGCUCCAGCCAGAGCAGCAACGGUGGCAGCAGCUCCCUCGAGAGGUGAUGCAAAAAAGCUAUCUGCACAUGCACCAGUUGCUAAAGGAGCAUCCAAGAGACCAGGAUGGGACUUGAAAGGAAAAGUCGCUGACCUGGAAAACAAAAUUCAGAAUUACCAGAGCCGUUUGAAGUCUUUUAACCAAGAAAACGAGGACCUUAAAACAUCAAAUGCAGAAGUGCAAAAAAACAAGACACAAGCCCAAGAGGAGAACAAGCAUUUAAAACAGCGUCUUGGGGCCCUUGAGGAGAAGCUAACUAAUCUGGUAUCUGUGAAAGAGGAGCUGGAGAGAACUAGUAAAGAAAAAGAUGGCUUGCAGAAAGACCUGAAGAAGCUAAUGGAUGAAAAUGGGAUAUUGCUCAAGUUAAGAGAUGAUCUGACUACUGAAAUCUGCAAUAUACAGGGUCAGCUUUCUAUUCAGACUUCUGCUCUGGCCCACUGUCAGGACAGUCUCAGAGCAUGUCAGGAUAUGGUAAAAAGCUUACAGGAGUUGGUGGCCAGGCAGCAGGAUGAGCUCCACUUUGGAGAAAUGGAGCGUAGGAAACUCCAUAACACGAUUCAGGAGCUGAAGGGUAACAUCAGAGUUUUCUGCAGGGUACGUCCUCUCCUUUCCAACCGGGAGGCAACCAUCCCACACGUUCAACUGCCUGCUCAUGACAACAAGGCUAUAACACUUGCAAAAAUAGAAGAGUCGCAUGUGGGACGUGCUGCAGAAACUCAGAAGAAUUACAUCUUCAGCUUUGAUCGUGUGUUUGGCCCACACAGCACCCAGAGUGAGGUGUUCGAGGAGAUCUCCCUCUUGGUGCAGUCAGCUCUGGAUGGUUACAAUGUUUGCUGCUUUGCAUAUGGCCAGACAGGUAGUGGCAAAACAUUUACAAUGGAAGGUGGUGACAUGGAGGACAUGCGGGGCGUCAUUCCACGAGCUGUCCAGCAGAUUUUUAAGUCUGCUGACAUCCUUCAAGGGCAAGGCUGGCAGUACACAUUUACAGCCAGCUUCGUUGAAAUUUACAAUGAAACCCUGCGGGACUUGCUUUAUAUGGGCAAACCUAACAAGAGACCAGAGCUUGAAAUCAGAAAGACCACAAAUAAUGAGGUCACAGUCACCAAUCUGAAUUACCAGAGGGUCACCACUGAGGAUGAGGUUUGCAAGUUGAUCAUCUUGGCAAACCAAAACAGGUCCACCGCCCGAACAAACAUGAAUGAUCAAUCAUCUCGUUCCCAUUCCAUUUUCCAGCUGGACAUAGAGGGAGAAAACACUGGCAGAGGCACCAAGUGCAAAUCCUCCCUUUGUUUGGUGGAUUUGGCUGGCAGUGAAAGGGUCCAGAAAAGCCAGUCUCAAGCAGAAAGGUUUAAGGAAAUGACUGCCAUAAAUUCUUCACUCACCAAUUUGGGACUUGUCAUCACUGCUUUAGCCAACAAGGAGAGCUUUGUGCCCUAUCGCAACUCAAAGCUUACUUACCUACUUCAGGGGUGCCUGGGUGGCAACAGCAAAACUUUGAUGUUUGUAAACAUUUCACCUGAAGAAGAGAGUUUUAGUGAAUCACUUAAUUCUCUGCGCUUUGCCAGCAAGGUGAAUGACUGUGUUAUUGGAACUGCCACAGCCAAUAGGAAGUAGCCUUUUGUUACUUCUUUUUGAUCCUCUGAAGGCACCAUUACUUGUACAUCUUUCUUUUUCAGUAUACAUUCUCUGCCUUGCAUUUUGAAGAUUCCAUAACAUGACGUUUUUAAUCCAUUUUAUUACUUUCUUUAUAUUUUAAAAAGCUUAUUAAAUGUUUUGUUUUGUUUGCUAUGUGAAAUUACCUGGACUUUAUCAAAACCAAUUAAACAGAAUUAAGUUUGUUGAUCAAUGCAUUCAUUAUAAAAACAUGGCUAGUAGGUUUUAUAACUACUAUUUACAAUACUUUCCACUGUUUUAAUUUUUUCUGAGUAUAAUUAAAUCAUAAUACAUGUAUGUAAAAUA